AUGCUUGAGCCACAAGAGGCAACAUCACAAAACGAAGCUCGAUUUAUAGACAGCAAGGCGCAAGACGCGUUCAUGAAGGCAACCACAGCAGCACCUUUGCCCACAUUUUCUCUGCCAUCCAAUCUUAACGACAAAUUGGCUACCAACAAACAAAAGGCAGCUGCUACAGCAACAAGGCCUCGUUUGUCCAAUCUACGGUCCAUUUGGCUAUCACAACAGAGCUUUGAAGAAGACGCCUUUGCAGACGACAAAGUCAUCGACAUCCAAUUACCCUCGAUACCCACCCUCACUGUGAAAUAUACGUCGGUAUUACGAGAGAUAUCAGUGCUUGCGACAGUGGCUACCCUGCUGUGUGUUUCCAGUGCAGCCUAUCUCGCCCUGCUAAAACCCACAGCCAGCGCAUUCCAUUCACUAUUGCUGGGAGGCUGGAUGCUGUUGUUGGUGUGGUUCAUGUUGGGCGAUUGUCGAUCCGAUAAUAUGGUCCAUUCGCUUGUGUAUUUUCGAUAUAGUGCAAUAGUUAUGCUGGUCGUAACUGGUUGGUCACACAACGAAACAGCAUUACCAAUCGUGCUCUCUUGUGUCCUCUUCUACAUUGGAGAACGACUGUCGAUUGCAUACAAACAAUUGCAGACUGAAAUGAUGCAACUACAGACAGAUCAGCAAACAACAACACAACAGGCCAUUGACCGAGCAUUGGAGGACUACAGUGACAAGAGAACGAUGUUUUUAUCUACAGUAUCCCAGGAGAUGCGAGAUGCGGCAUUGAUGGUCAUAGCCACAUUAGAACAGUUCUCACCUUGCUCCAUCCUGUCCAACACACAUGAACUGCUGAGCGCUUGCUCUAUCGCUGUUCCCAUUGCCAGCAUCUCUGCCAUCAAUACCACCAUCAAACAAGCCUGCCACAUUAGCUCGCAUUUGAACCUUGUAGCCCGUAUGCUGAGAGACUCGACUUCGCUGGAUGACACACCAGAACAAGAGAGAGUAAAAUCCAAUGUGAGCCAAGAUUUUGAUGUGGGAGAAUUGCUGCAAAAUGUAGGUGAUGCCUUGGCUGGUAUGUCUGCUAAAUUGGGUGUUCAUUUCAUAAUUUACCACAUGGACAAUGGCUUGUACUAUCCAAAUGUGAUCGGCGAUGAAGAUGCCAUCAAACAUGCCUUGAUCAAUUUACUACGAAAUUUGUUGGAAGGAUGCACACCAGGUGCCCGCAUCGAACUAGGACUCUACAUUGCCUCGAUCCCUGAAACACCCAAAGUCAAAGUAAUAUUCGACAUUGUGCAGGUUGCUUCACCUGCCAUUCCAGCGGGCCUCUCCUCUGGUGCGCUGAUACCCAACGCCAAUUUCACAGCUCGACUAUUGGAUUACAUUGGGGGAAAGAUGGAACUAGAGGAUUUGGGCAAAAACAAAACCAGAGUGGAAGUAUCACUGGAACUAUAUCCUGGACGCAACAGUGACCAGAAGCUGCUCUUGAUUGAAAAGCCCUCACAAAUUCUGGAGAAACAGCUGUCCAACAUUCGCUUCUCCAACGAACCCACCCUGGAGGACCUCUCCAUGUUUAUCAACAAUCUCAAGGGCGUCAAGAUCAUUUUGUAUGCUCCCGAGAGAAGCAUUUUCGCAAAGCAUUUAACUAGUUGCUUAACCGGUUGGAACACAGACAUCAGCCAUUUGCCCGUUUUGAUGACCUACAAUGGAGACGAGGAGGAGACACUGCAGCAAAACGAAACCGUAUUUGGGUCAGAUUCAGAAGUAUCUUCUGUAAGCUCUCAACAGCCACCCAUCAAGACACCACUCGAAACCAUACAAGCGAAUCUAUCUCCUGCGUCCAAUCGGUCCAUUGGCAGCGAUAUCUCUAAAAAGGUACCUUCACCAGCUAUCGAGGAAGACCAUAUUCACUCCAUCCCACCCACAUUCAUCUUGAUUGAUGAUGAUAUCAUGACACUGGAAAAGAAGCUGCGAGAGUUCCGUGAUAAGCCUGUGGUACCAGCGACUGAAAAACAUCAUCACCCUUCACAAUCCCGUCGACACCGUAGAUCAAGGUCUCGUCAAGGUGGAACAGCAGAGAACUUGAGCGCUUAUGGCACGGUGGCUGUUAUCUUUUUCACAUCAUUGAACAACUACAAGCGUGUGCGCGAUACCAUCCAUUGGUUCUCCAGUCUCACCCAGACGCCCUACAUGCCUCGCGUGGUCGUGGUGCCUAAGCCUGCUGGCCCUCGACGAUUCCUUACAGCGCUUCACACAGCAUGGAACAACGCUAUUGUUGAUCCCCAGUUUAUUCCCAUUGCGACGUCGCCCCUAAGUCCGUUUGCCCCUAGUCUUGGCAGUAUGAGCAGUUUGUACCAUCAUCAACAUCACUACUCACCAGCAGAGUCAGGCAGCAACUCCACUACGGGCACCAGCACGGCCGUGACGCCUGGCAUAGGCGCACAACCACCGCUCAUGACACCACACGACAUGAACCGAUUUUCUCCUGGCAGAAGAACUAUCUCUACAGCACGCGGAUUGCAUUCACCUAGUAACCUUCAGAUGGAAUCUGAAAAGACCAACUACUUUUUCGACUCUUCUCGCCCUACUGGUCCCAAUUUACCUGCCAAACUCAAUACAUCACCGCUAUUGACAGCCGUGAAUACCAACAACAUGAUAUCCAGCCCUGUCAGCAAUCCGCCACUCGCUACGCCUGGUAGUGCGAAUGGUACCAAAGGCAGUGUCAGCAGUAGCAGUUCAGCAGGAAGUAACGCUACACCAAGCGAGAUUAAACGGCGAUUAAGAUCGCAUAGCAGUACAUUUAUGGUGCCUUCCGGAAGACGCACGUUGGUCGAUCUCUCGCUAUCUCCUACAUCGUCACCUCAUGGCAUUGCCGGUAAGACGACUUCAUCACCUGUGACAGAGGCCACUGAACAGGAGGAGCAAGACGCCAUUGAUGCAGCAGCAGCAGCAGCAGCAGCAUCACCGCCACUGAACUUUGUCUCACCCUCUAGCAUUCUCAAGAGCAUCAACCAAGAUCAAUUGACACCAUCAACCAACGAAGAGGGAGGAAGCGGCCAGCAGUCUUCGAUGGAAUUACCUGUGAUGCCAACCCACGCACAGAUACUAACAUCAAGAUCAAAUAAAAAUAGCAAUGCGUCUGUGGUCGAACCAUUAAAGGCAGCCAGAGCGACUCUCUCCCCUCCAUUGCCUCCUCCUUCUGCUUCACCCAUCUCAGCAGUAAUAACGGACGAAUCAAUGCCACCCACAGCCUCACCAAGCUCUAUCGCUUCCAAUGCAACAACAACAGCAGUGUCUACACCCAUCUCUGCUGCUGUCACACCACCACCACCAUCUGCUACCACAACGACGACCAAACCCAAGUCCAAGUUCAACUUCAAGAUCAGCAAUCGUAAGCGCAAGGAAAAAACUAGUUCGCCUGGUAAACAGAGUCCUCCUAUUACUGUGUUGAUUGUCGAAGAUAAUAUGAUUAACCAAGCCAUCUUAUCAACCUGGAUGAAGAAGCACAGCAUCAAGUUCUCUGUUGCUUCAGACGGCAAGGAGGCAGUCGAAAAGUGGAAAGGAGGAAGUUUCCACCUCAUCUUGAUGGACAUUCAAUUGCCUGUCAUGGAUGGUAUCGCAGCUACUAAAAUGAUCCGAAGCAUUGAAAAGGAGAGAAAGAUUGGCGUGCUACCAUCCAAUGCUACCACAGCAAUGGCAGCAGACCAAGACACAGCAGAGAUGGCUGCCGUGCCAGAAGAAGAAGAAGAAGAGGAAGAAGAAGUGCCCAGCAAGAAAAAGGAGGAUGAAGAGGAGGAGAAGAAAAAGAUCAAGAAAGAGGACAUUGAGAAAGAAUCACCUACACCGUCUGCUUCCUCGCCAAGCAAUGUGUCUUCGUUCCAGUCACCUGUCAUCAUUGUGGCACUCACUGCAUCGUCGUUGGAAUCAGAUCGACAAGCAGCAUUGGCAGCUGGUUGCAACGACUUUUUAACAAAGCCAGUUAGUCUAGAAUGGCUGGAAAAGAAGAUUAUGGAAUGGGGUUGUAUGCAAGCUUUAAUUGAUUUCGAGGGAUGGCGAAAAUGGAAACGCUCUGCAGCUAGUACAAAGAGUGCUAAAAGCAGUAAUCCAGCAGCCGUAGCAGAAGCAUCCAAGCAAGCGGCAUUUGCAGCGACUGCAGCAGCUACUGCAGCGACAAAGAAUGGGCUGGCAGCCAAGAUCAUGACCAAGGAAGCCACCGAAGCCAUGGCCCACGAAAAGGAAAUGCUGGCACUGCGCACGAAAGAGAUGCUUAAAGACGAAUCCAAGGGCAUUAUACUGGUUGGCAUUCACAAGCGUAGGAUGUCGACAGUAGUGAGCAGCAGCACGAGCAUGUUUGACGAUCGAUCGAUAGUAAUCACUAGGGCGGAUAGCAGCAGUAGAAGCAGCACACCACCAUUGCAGCAUCAACCACCCUUGUCUGCUUCACCUACUAGGACAACAUUUCAUCAUUCAGGCCAUCAUCGAUUGCGCAAAAGAACCUCUGACCCUGACAUGUAUACUCAUGAGAUGUCUAUUCCCAAACAAGUGGAAGCGCGUGAACACAAGCGUAUUUUGGAACAACAGCGACUGCUGCAGCAAUGGGAACAUGAACAGGAAGACGAUGACGACUUGAGUACUAAUAGCAGCGAACCUUGA